AUGCCAGCGGCGCGGAUGCACGACGCGGGGCACGAGCUGACGGCCUACAGCCCGCAGGCGGCGGUGGGGGUCGACGACCGUGUCGACGCUCUUGUGCCGCCCGCGUACGUCCGGCUGCCGCUGCCGCUGCAGGAAACACACGCCUACCACGCAGCCCCUGCCGCCGCCGAGUUCGACGGCGUUGUCAUGCGCCCCAAAGAACGGCUGGAGUUUCUUUUAGAGAGGGAGGAAGUGGACACAAAACGGGCGCUACUGAGUGGGUUGGCUGGCCAACCGGCGCACUCCACCGGGCCGUCAUCAUUUUCGUCUUCGUCUCCGUCGGCGGCGGCGGCGGCGGCGGCGCCGAAUGCUGAGGACGCCGUCGCCUCUCGGGUCCUUGGCUCGCUCUGCGACGCCUCCCACGUGACGUCGUCUCAGCUCAUGGGACAGUUAGUCUCGCACGUUCUCUUGAGCCGCACGAGCCCCACGCGGGUGGAGGCGGGGUGCAUUGCCACCGUAGACCUAAACCACACUGUGUUGGGGUCCGUCGGCCGCGACGGACCCCUGCCCAGCCGUGACGCUCACGGCGACGACAUCUGCCAGUUUCCCGAUGAGCGGCGUGGCAGACGCAAGACGAGGCUGGCGAAGCUACGAGAGGCGGCCCUGCGCAGUCGCGCCCUCGCCUACGCGGCACCGCUGCUCUGGGUGCCGGGGUGUGGGCGCUUCCAGGUCACACGGCUCGUAUGCCAUCAUUGUUGUCUGGGGGACCCGGACGCAGAGGCCCUCGCAUUUAUUUUGCGUAAGCGCCGCGCUGCUGGUUAUGUCUGCUUUCUAGAAUAUGUCGACCUUUCAUUCAACAAUAUCACAGACGACGGCGCUGCGGCACUUAAGAAGGCGAUCAAGUACAACAAGCGCAUUCAAAAGCUCUUCCUGCUGGGUAACGAGGGCCUGCAGAAGAUGGAGAUCCUUGAGUCGAUACAGAGGCGGCUCAAACGGAAUCAGGAGGGGCGAGCCAAUUGGACUCUGCUGCAGCACCUGAAGUGGGUGAUCAAAGGCUAUUAG